AUGACAGAAGAGCAGGACAAGACCUACAACCUUGGCUUCAAGGUUGACAAUCCAGAUCCAUCCUUGGUCAAGAACAAAGAUCAGCUCAUGGACUUCUACAAGGACAUCAUCUCCAGAUAUCCGAUCGUGUCGAUAGAGGAUCCCUUUGACCAGGAUGACUGGGAGGCUUAUGGCCAGAUGGUGCAGGAUGUCGGCAAUGAUGUCCAGAUAGUUGGCGAUGACCUGCUUGUUACGAAUCCGAAAAGGAUUGAGUAUGCCAAGGAGCACAAGGCUGCCAACGCCCUGCUUCUUAAGGUCAACCAGAUUGGAAGCAUCAGCGAGGCUGUAACAGCCUAUCUUGACAGCCACGCAGAUGGCUGGGGUGUCAUGGUUUCUCACCGCAGUGGUGAGACAGAAGACACAUUCAUUGCAGACCUGGCAGUCGGCCUCAGCACUGGCCAGAUCAAGACCGGCGCCCCCUGCCGCUCCGAAAGAGUCGCAAAGUACAACCAGCUACUUCGAAUUGAAGAGUAUUUGGGCCGCAGGGCCUACUAUGCUGGCGACGGCUUCCGUGACUCCUGA